AUGUCUCUAAAAGACAAACUUCAUCUGCAACGCGCAGCAGCAGAAGACGCUAAGGAGCUGCUCAAUAUAUACUUAGCAAACAAGGCGAACCAAGGGGCCCCAGAAGAGGGCCCCCCGGGGGCCCCGACAGAGGCCCUUAAGGGGCCCCCAGGAGGGGGCCCCCAGGGGGCCCCCUUGAAAAGAGCUGAAGACGUCUUACAGCCGUCAGCAACCUCUAAGGGGCCCCUGGGGCCCCCAGGUGGCGUGGGGGCCCCCGAGGGUAUAGCGGAGGCCCGAGGGAUAGUUGAAAAAGAAGGUAGCGUUAGGGAGGAUAAGCAGCAGCAGCAGCAGCAGCAGCAGCAGCAGCAGCAGCAGCAACUGUUGCUGCAUAAAGAAACAGAAAGGCUUGUUGAGGCCCUCAAGGCACUCAUGCCGCAGGAGAAGACAGACUGGGUCGUCUCCGUGUAG